UGCUGUUCAACAUUAGCUCGAGUCACUUUACGUUAAUGUUGACUUUUUCCUACCAUCUGAGUUCAGCUUGCUCGGGGACAGUGUUUAUGUGGCGUACAACGUAGACCAGAGAUAAUAUAUAUAUAUAUCUUUUGUUUAUGUUUCGACUGUUCUGUAAAAUGAUAUGAAACAGCUCAUUUGAAGUGGCGGGAGACAUGUCUGGUUUCAGUGAUGAGCUCAUAGACUACCUUGAAGGUAGAAUAAGUUUUGAGGAGUUCGACAGAAGGAGAGACGAGCGGAAAGCCAAGUCAGGGGAGGUAGCUGAAGAUGCGGAAGAUGAUGUGCCCCCUUCCACGUCCGGACUAAUUCCAGUGAAAAUCGAGGAGGGAGUCAGCCCAGGAGUCCAGCUGGCUUUUGCCUCCAUGCUAGGCGAAACUGCAGAUCCACCAUCUUCGGAAGAGGAGGAGGAAGAGGAGGACAGCUUGAGCUAUGUUGAUGAUGCACAUGAUAAGGAUUACAUUGCAGAGAAGGAAGAGUGGAAGCCAGAGAAGAAAGAGAAGAGGCCAAGGCCAGUGGGGAGACGAAAGGGGAAGAACAAGAAGAAAGCCGAGGAAGAAGAUGUGACUGUUGGAGAUGUGUUUGCACUGGAGAUGGAGCUGAACCGAGAAAGCAAGAAGAUGAUGAAGGGGCGUCGUCAUGGCAGCAAGCUGCCCCGGGCUCUAAGAGGCUUGAUGGGAGAGGCCAACAUUCGGUACGCAAGAGGAGAGAAAGAGGAUGCCAUCUUGAUGUGUAUGGAGAUCAUAAGACAGGCUCCUCUGGCAUAUGAGCCUUUCUCCACAUUGGCUAUGAUCUAUGAGGAUGAAGAGGACAUGAGCAAAGCACUGCAGUUUGGCCUGAUUGCUGCCCACCUCAACCCCUCGGACUGCGAGGAGUGGAUCAGACUGGCUGAAAUGUCUCUGGAGCAGGACAACAUUCGGCAAGCCAUCAUCUGCUACAGCAAAGCUAUCAAGUAUGACCCUACCAAUGUGCGCUACCUGUGGGAGCGCUGCAGUCUACAGAUGCGCCUGGGAGAGCACAAACAAUGUAUGGACGGUUACCGCAGGAUCCUGUCGCUGCUGCCUCUGGAGGAUGGAGAGCACUUCAUACAGCUCUCCAAAGACAUGGCCAAGAGUUACUAUGAAAAUAAUGAUCUGCCCUCGGCUCUGAGUGUGAUUGAGGAAGCUUUGGUACGACACCCCAACCUGGUCAGUGAUGACUUUAUCAACAUGGCAGCCGAGCUUUAUAUCACCAGCCGGCAGUACAACAAGGCCCUGCAGGUCUUGGUUCAGUUUGCAGGCAUUGUUUUGGUCAGAGGUGAAUCCACACCAGUUGUUAUUACAUCAACACAAGAAGAGAGGAAUGAAGAGGAGGGGGGGAAAAGUGCUGAAGGGACACAGUUAAAGAAGGCAGAGGAAAUUGCAGCAGAGGAGAAUGGUGAAAUCCUGGAUGUGCAGGUACCAGACAGUGUCCCUGUAGACCUGAGGACAAAACUCAUUGUCUGCUUCAUACACCUUCAUGUCUACAGACCUGUAGAGGGUUUGGUGUCAACGCUGAUGGAGCAGAGUCCAGAAGAGAUUGGUGACUUGUACCUGGAUGUGGGCGAAGCCUACCUGGAAGAGGGCAAGUACAUGUCUGCUCUGCCUCUGCUGUCUGCCCUCGUCGUAUCUGAAAAGUACAACCUGGCUGUUGUCUGGUUGCGACAUGCAGAGUGUCUAAAGGCUUUGGGCCACAUGGAGGCAGCAGCAGAAAGCUACACUAAGGUGGUGGAGAUGGCUCCGCAACACCUGGAGGCCCGGCUUUCCCUUGCCACACUGCAGCAACAGUUGGGCCGGAUGGAUUGUGCCCUUAAGGCACUGGAGUCCAUGUACGAUAGCAACACACUGGCACAGGAUUCUUCAGCUGCACAGAAGGAGUUAAAGCUUUUACUGCAUCGCUCUACACUGCUGAAGACACAGGGAAAAAUGCAGGACUACCUGGACACUGUGAUAACUAUGAUCUCCAUGCUCCUCAAGGUGGCCAUGCAGCGAGCUAAGGUUUGUGUGCGCUCUGUUAGCUUGUCGGGUGAGAAUCACCUGAGGUUGGUGAAGGUUGAAGACUUGCUACCAGAGAUUGCUGACCAUGUAACAGCCUAUUUGGACAACACUGGUAAAACCAACGUCCUGUCUAAAGAGGACUGGUGGCAGCUACUGCUGAGCUGUGUGUUGACACUGUGUGAGGUGCAGCGUUAUGAGGAGGCUGAGAUGCUGGUGGAUUCAGCCAUGGAGUUCUACUCAUUCUAUGACAACAAGCCCAGGAGGAAAGAGCUGGAGUUCAUUGGCCUGUCUGCCACCAUCAUGGACCGCAACUAUUACAAGGCAUAUAACUACAUCAGACUGAUGCUGAUGGAAAAUGUAGCUCUGCCUCAGCUUUGGAAUAUUUUUAACCAGCUGACAAUAACGUCCCAGCACCAGCGCCACCAUCGCUUCUGUCUACGCAUGCUGUUUAAACAUCCUGACAAUCACGCUCUCUGUGUUCUCUGUGGACACAACGCCAUGGUGUCAGGGAGCUUCAAACAUGCUCUUGGUCAGUAUGUUCAGGCCUUCCAGACUCAUCCCAGCAAUCCACUGCACAGCCUAUUUGUGGGCCUCACCUUCUUCCACAUGGCAUCUCAGAAGUAUGUAGCCAAACGGCAUGCACUGGUGCUGCAGGGUUUCUCCUUCCUGUGGCGUUAUGUAGAGCUGCGUGGAGAGUGUCAAGAAAGUAUGUACAACCUGGGCCGAGCACUGCACCAAAUGGGCCUCACACAUUUGGCUAUGCAUUACUACCAAAAGGCACUUUUACUACCAGCAAGAAAACUGGAGGGCAUCGCAGAUGACCAGGUUGAUCUGAGGAGGGAGAUUGCCUUCAACUUGUCACUCAUCUACCAGGCCAGUGGUAACGUGGAGAUGGCCCAACAGCUCAUUAACUCACACUGCAUCAUUUGAAAAUGUCCCUCAUCAUUGGAACUUCCUUUCCAGCUGCGAAAUUUCUAUGAAAAUGUGGAGGGUGGGUGAAGCCUUAUUUAUUUAUUAAAAUUUUUUUUGGGUAAUUAUUAAACAAAUGUUGUUUUGUAUUAUGUAUGUUAUUUCUGCAAAUGUAAUUUAUUUUGUCAUUUUUACAUUCAUAUUGGUUUAUCUUUAGUUUAUAUAUAGUUUAAUGUCUGAUAGGUACUUAAUCACAUUUUAAAUGAUACAGAAUCUUUCAGUUGUAUGAUUUUUGUUUUGCUGACUUAAAGUAGCUGCAAGACCUAUAGUUCCUGUCUUUCACCUCUUUGAACGAACCCAUCUCUAGAGUAAAAUAUAGAACAAACUAUUUAUGUAAGGCAGCAGUGUUAACCACUGUACCACCAUGCUGCCUGGCAUCAAUGUAUAAAAGGUAAAUGCUUCAAAUAAAUCACUGCCAAAUCUCACUAUCAUGUAUAAAAUCUCAGUAUUAAAGUACUGAGUAUUAAAAUGACUGUAUCCCUCAACAGCGUCAACCUCAGUCUGCUUGGGAAACAGAGGACAGCAGAAGCCUGCCUAUCUUAAGCGAGAUUUCUUGCUUGUUAACAUGGAGGUGCCAUUAAGUGCUGUCCCAAACCAAAUGGCCUUAAUACACCCUUUGAUAGAAGUAUAAGUUAGUAAAGAUGCUAACUGCAUGUUUGUUUUCUGUUAUAGAAAGGUGUCCCAAACCCUGCCUUUCUAUCACUACUCUGAGUUAAACACUUUAAUAAUGUGACUCCACGGGGAGUUAGACUCGUCAUAUAAUAGGAGGGUUUUGGAUUCUCUACAUUGGGCCUCUACAUCAAUGUAAUGCGCUUCCGUUUUUGCUUUGUUUUUUUCUUCAUUGUCACCUGUUAUUAAGAUGUAUAAAAUGACAUGUUUUCUAACCUGUUUGCAAUCAGAAUACAAUACUGACACUGCUGUAGCUGAAUCUGUAUUGUAGUAUUGUGGUGGGCUUGUGAUAAAAUGUGAGUUUAUUAAAACAAAUUACUUUUAA